AAUGUGUUCCUGGUAGCAUGGUUGGAAAACGUGACAGGGAUUUAACCGGCAGAAUAAAUCUGAACUAGGUCAUUUAACCACAGAUGCGAUUUGUUAUCGCUAUCCAGGAAAAUGUCAGGAGGCGCAGAAUUAGGAUUCACUGAACAUUUAUUUAAAGUUUUGGUGAUUGGAGACCAUAAAGUUGGGAAAACCAGCUUUGUUAAACGAUAUGUGAAAAAUCAGUUCUAUGAGGAGUUGAAAACGACUAUAGGUGUGGAUUUUUCCAUGAAGGUGAUAGAUUGGGACAGUCACACACGGGUCAGAUUACAGCUUUGGGAUAUAGCAGGUCAAGAGCGUUUAAGGGGACUGAACCGUGUGUUCUUCAAGAGAUCCAGUGGUGCACUUGUUGUGUAUGACAUGACAAAUGGGUCAACAUUGGAUGGAGCUCUGAACUGGAAACAUGAACUUGAUAGUCAAGUAAUGCUGAAAAAUGGCCGUCCGAUCCCCGCUGUACUUCUGGCCAAUAAAUGUGAUGAGACUAAAGUGUGUCGGAGGAAUGCCUCUCUUCUGGAGAAACUCUGCCAGGAGAAGGGCUUCAUUGGAUAUGAAAAUAUCAAUGUUGAUGAAGCUGCUAAAUUCCUUGUGAAGCACAUUCUCCAAAACAAUGAGGAAUCAGUGAAAGAAGAAGAGCAGAACAUGCAGAUCAACCUGAAGCAGCAGUCAAAGAGCAACUCUACCUGCUGCUGA